CAGGAUUCGAAUCGAACGUCCGUCCGGGAUCCCUGCGCUGGCGGAGCGGCGCGCCGGCCAAUCAGCGGCGGCGACUCACGGCCCCCGAACGUUGGGACAGCGGCCCCGCCCCGCGCUGUUGUUUGUGGUGUCGGCCCCGCGGCGGGCGCCGAACCACAACAUUCGCAGGCGGGCGGCCGGGCGGCGUAGCGGCGGCGGCGAGCGCGAGCCCCGGGCGGCCGGCCUCGGCGCCGCUGAGCCCCGCGUCGCGUCAUGUCAGUGAACAUGGACGAGCUGCGGCACCAGGUCAUGAUCAACCAGUUCGUGCUGGCCGCGGGCUGCGCGGCCGACCAGGCGAAGCAGCUGCUGCAGGCGGCCCACUGGCAGUUCGAGACCGCCCUGAGCACGUUUUUCCAGGAGACCAACAUUCCCAACAGUCACCACCACCACCAGAUGCAGAUGUGUACUCCCAGCAACACACCUGCCACGCCACCCAACUUCCCUGACGCACUGGCCAUGUUCUCCAAGCUUCGAGCUUCUGAGGGCCUACAGAGCAGCAACAGCCCCAUGACGGCCGUGGCCUGCUCCCCUCCUGCAAACUUCAGCCCUUUCUGGGCCUCAUCCCCACCUAGCCACCAGGCACCCUGGCUCCCGCCCUCCUCCCCAACCACCUUCCACCGCCUCCACUGCCCACAGCCCACGUGGCCCCCUGGAGCGCAGCAGGGGGGUGCCCAGCAGAAAGCCAUGGCAGCCGUGGAUGGCCAGAGAUGAGACUGGGUGCCGCUGGGCACCAGGCUGGAGCUGGGGGCAGUCCAGGGUUGUGGAGACACAGGAAGGCCAGGGAGGGGGGCUGGGCAGGGUGGGGGUGGGAGUUCCUGAAGAUCGCACUGGAAGAUUUUAUAAAAGGAUUUUUGUGGGUGGGGGGGAGGGCAGUAAACUUCCUGAGCCACUUGGGUCCUUCAGGAGUUUCUCUUCAGGCAAGGUUUUUCCUCUUUUUAAUAUAUAACUAUAAUAUAUAUGAAUAUAUAAAUAUAA